UCAUAUUUAUUUGAAUUAAUGUUUAUUGUUGAUGUUUCAGCUGAGAGAGUGACGUCACUUGGCAAAGACUGGCAUAAACCCUGUCUGAAGUGUGAGAAAUGCAACAAGACCCUGUCAGCUGGCUCACAUGCAGAGCAUGAGGGGAAGCCUUAUUGUAACAACCCAUGUUACUCUGCACUCUUUGGACCCAAAGGUUUUGGACAUGGCGGCACUGAGAGCCACACAUUCAAAUAGGUCAUUGUACAAGUUUAUACAAUCUGUAAGCUUGGUUUAGGAGAAGCUUGAUUUUUGUUUGUUUUUUUUGCCACUAUAUUUAGCCACAUAUUGUUAAUCCAAAAACAAAAUGACCAAAUCAUGCCAAGUUUUAGAAAGUACUAAUUUGUAUAAUCUGUUUUUAAAAUGUUGUCUGCUAUAGCAGCACACAAUGUUUAAUUAGGGGGACUAGUCUAGCCUUUAUAAUGAAACUGAACAUUUUAUACAUUAAAUGUGUUUAAAACCUCUGCUUGUCCUUU